AUGACAUCACCUGCGGAGCCGCGAGAGGGAGCUGUGGGGCGCAAGGCUUUGGGGGGCCAGGGUUACUUCCCCCGGGCGAGGCCCGACCUCCUCCCUCUCGCCCGGGGCCCCCUCCCCAGUGACGGCCUCCUCCGUGGAUCCCAGGGUACCCGGUGCUCCCCAGCAGGGUGGGACGGGGCUGGAGCUGGGCAGGUGGAGGGGAGAGGAGUAAGGCCCGACAGUCCUGCCCUGCUCCCUUCCCUUUGCCGGGUCGCGGAUCCCGGGCCUGCUCCCGACCUGGAGCGUGUGGCUCGACUCGAGCCAAGGCCGGGAAGUUUAGAUCGGGGAUUCCCGCAGGGCCGGGCUGGGCCCAGAAAUCUCUGGACUUUCCAGCCGGUGCUAGCGCGGGAGCUGGGAUGGGGGUGGGGAGGACGGAUAGGACCCCGCUCCAUUCCGGCCGGGGCGGGGCGGGCAGGAGCUUUUCCCGCCCCCCUUGGGAGAGCCCCUCACAUUUACGCCUUUUCCGAAACAUCGGGACUGGUGCCCCUCGCUCCCCAGUCCCCGUCUUCGAGUCUGCCCUCCGUCGAAUGCCCGGAGGCAGGGAGGGGACGGGACACUGGAGAGGCGGAGCUGUCGGGAGCUGUCCAACGGAGUCCUCCUCGUCCUCUUCCCGCUCCUUGUCCUCCUCCUCUCGCUCCUGCUGCCGCCGCCUACUUAGCAACCGGAGCCGCGGGCACCUGCAGAGUGGACACCAGGCAGAGCCACGGGGCACUAACGGAGAAGUGCCUGCCGCCCGCUGCAGACGGAAAGCCCCUGGCAGCCAGCGGGAAGAAAAAUGUUAAUAGGGAUCAUAAUAAACAGUGAUCACAGCGCCCCGGGGGUGAAGAAGAAGUGCUAACAAGCAGAGGAUUGGUCAAAGGUAGAGAAUAAGAGGAGCCCCAGAGAUCUGUAUAAUCCACAAAUUGGAUAGUCAAGCCCUGAAUAAUUGAGAACCAAUUUCUGCACUAGACAAAAAAGAGGAAAAUACUCCCUGAUAAGGGCACUAACAAAGAAUUCUUCAAGGACUGGCAGCAUCAGAGGAAUGACUGGAAGCAUAAGUAUUGAUGGAACCAGCAUUCUAAUCUGAAUUUGCUUCCAUCUAUGAAGCAGGACAGCGGGCAGAAUCACAAUAAGGUGCAAACUCCAUGGGGAUAAGAAAGCACCCCCACGACCUAUGAUUUAUGUUGCAUGACACUGCCCCCUCUUUCUCCCUUUUACUCGUGGGAUCCCAAUAGGGAAGGGCCAGAGGUGUGUGCCCAAGGAUUCCAGAUGGGUCCCUCAAAACUGGUGCCCUUAGCACAGAUCCUCUGGUGCUAAACUUCUCACUGUACCUCU